AUGGCCGAAACAGAAAAAUUAUUAUACAUUUUAUCCAAAAAUGCUGGCGACGACGAAAACCUAAUUCGAGAGCAAGAGCAAGCUCUUAUCAAACUCGGUGAAAUUUAUCGUGACCAGAGGAAGCCCCAUGAACUAUCGAACUUGAUUCGUUCUUCACGUUCUUUUAUGGCAUCUAUUGCAAGGGCUAAAACUGCAAAAAUCGUAAAGACAUUGAUUGAUCUUUUCUCUGAAAUUCCCGAUACAUUACCGCUUCAAAUUGAAAUCUGUAAGGAAACAAUUGAUUGGAGCGUGCAGGAGAAACGAAUUUUUUUAAAACAAUCUUUGGAAACUCGACUAGUUGCCUUGUAUCUUGACAAUAAAAUGUAUCAUGAUGCUUUAACCCUUAUCAAUUCCCUUUUAAAAGAAUUAAGACGUCUAGAUGAUAAAAUGGUUUUGGUUGAAGUUCAAUUAUUGGAAAGUAGAGUUUGUCAUGCGUUACGGAAUUUGCCAAAAUCCAGGGCUGCUUUGACAUCCGCCAGAACGUCUGCUAAUGCUAUUUAUUGUCCACCUCUUCUCCAGGCUGCACUUGAUAUGCAGUCUGGAAUUUUACAUGCUGAAGAUAAGGACUACAAGACUGCUUAUUCGUAUUUUUACGAAACUCUUGAAGGAUAUUCAUCACAAGAUGACCCUAGAGCUAUCUUGGCUCUUAAAUAUAUGUUACUUUGUAAAAUUAUGUUGAAUUUGUCUGAAGAUGUAUAUGCAAUUAUUAAUGGCAAACUUGCAUUACGUUACGCGGGGCGCGAAGUUGAUGCAAUGAAAGCCGUGGCAACCGCACAUCAAAAUCGUUCGCUUAAUGAAUUUGAAACUGCAUUAAAAACUUAUAGCGAUGAAUUGGAAAAUGACCCGAUUAUCCGAUCUCAUCUCGCCGCACUUUACGACACUUUACUUGAGCAAAAUUUGGUUCGCAUAAUAGAACCAUUUUCAAGGGUUGAAAUUUCACAUGUUGCAGAAAUGGUUAAAUUGCCUACAGUUCAUGUCGAAACAAAAUUAUCACAAAUGAUUUUAGAUAAAGUAUUUCACGGAAUUUUGGAUCAGGGUGCAGGAUGUUUAAUCGUAUUUGAUGAACCACCUCAAGAUAAAACAUACGAAGCAGCAUUAGAAACUCUUAAGCAGAUGGGAAAUGUGGUGGAAUCACUAUAUGAGAAAUAUCGCUCCAUUUAUUCCAAAGACAAACAAAAACAAGUAGAAAGUGACGCGUCGGUGUUAGCAGAGUCUGUUUUGCUUUGGCUGACAAACGAACUUGGAUAUAGGCAUGGACGGGGUGCUUCUUUACUCGAUGAAGUGACAGAGCAAGAAUUAACAAAGGAAGACAUACAAAACAACCAGAAUCGAAUUAAGAAACCUCAUCAGACAAAACAGACAAAACGUAAUAAAGGAACAUUAUCACCUGGAUCCACUUCUACAGAAGAGAAUUACGCGCAACGAAAAUUAAAACUUGAAAAAAAAUUUGCACAAACUAAUGAAAUUGUUCAAGAAACAGAACAACAAAUAACUCAUUUGAUUUCACGUAUUGCGGACGUUGAGUCACAAAUUCGAUCUGUUAAAGAUGAAAUAAGUGAAAAAAAGAAUAAGAUUUAUAUGAAACAGGUUUUUCGCGAGAAUUGUAGGCGUUUUAUGAACUCUGAAGCUGAAUAUCGGAAACUCUUGGAAGAGUUUAAGCCCAAGGCAGGGACUAAAGAUGAAAUGAAUUUCGCGUUGAAAGGGGAUCCAUUAAUGACAACACCACCGAAAGUAUUUCUUAAGUCUAUGUUAAAUACAAUGAGAUCAGCAUCUAAAGAUUUAAACACAAAAUCUGAGCAGUUUACCGGUAAAAAACUUAUUACAGAUGAAGAUUCUAGUCGAGUUCAGCGGAUGAUAUAUACAUUUAUGAAAGACCACGCGUCAAAAUUCUUUGAAGUUGAAAAAAUAUUAAAUGAUAUUAUAAAAAUCAAUGAAAAAAUAUUGGAAAAACACGC